GCCCGCUCGCAGACGGCUGCGGGCCGCGGUGUGCCCGGCAUGUCCCCUCAGUGCGCGCAGGCGGCGGGCAUUGGGCCCGCGCGCAGCCUGGAGCGGACCAACCGCACCCGCUUCCCGUUCUUCUCCGAUGUCAAGGGCGACCACCGGUUGGUCCUGAGCGCCGUGGAGACUGUGGUGCUGGCACUCAUCUUCGCGGUGUCGCUGCUGGGCAACGUGUGCGCCUUGGUGCUGGUAGCGCGCCGACGGCGCCGCGGCACCACAGCCAGCCUGGUGCUCAACCUUUUCUGCGCGGACCUGCUCUUCACCAGCGCCAUCCCGCCCGUGCUGGCCGUGCGCUGGACAGAGGCCUGGGUGCUGGGCCCGGGUGCCUGCCACCUGCUCUUCUACGUGAUGACCCUGAGCGGCAGCGUCACCAUCCUGACGCUGGCGGCAGUCAGCUUGGAGCGCAUGGUGUGCAUCGUGCGCCUGCGGCGCGGCGUGCGGGGCCCGGGGCGGCGGGCGCGGGCCGCGCUGCUCGCGCUUAUCUGGGGCUACUCGGCAUUCGCCGCGCUGCCCCUCUGCAUCUUCUUCCGCGUCGUCCAGCAGCGGUUCUCCGGCGCCGACGAGGAAAUUCCGAUUUGCACACUGGUUUGGCCCAGCAUUGCCGGAGAAAUCUCCUGGGAUGUGUCAUUUGUUACUUUGAACUUCUUGGUACCAGGACUGCUUAUUGUGAUCAGUUACUCCAAAAUUUUACAGAUCACGAAGGCGUCAAGGAGAAGGCUCACGACGACCCUGGCUUCCUCGGAGAGCCACCAGCUCCGUGUGUCCCAGCAGGACGUCCGGCUCUUCCGCACCCUGUUCCUGCUCAUGAUCUCCUUCUUCGUCAUGUGGAGCCCCAUCAUCGUCACCAUCCUCCUCAUUCUGAUCCAGAACUUCGAGCAAAACCUGGUCAUCUGGCCGUCCCUCUUCUUCUGGGUGGUGGCCUUCACCUUUGCCAACUCGGCCGUCAACCCCAUUCUCUACAACAUGUCACUGUUUAGGAACGAAUGGAGGAAAUUUUUUCACUGCUUCUUCUUCUCAGAAAAGGGAGCCAUGUUUACAGACACAUCUGUCAGAAGAAAUGAUCUGUCUGUUAUUUCCAGCUAGUUAGUUUUUCUCUGUAGGCGUCUAUUUGUCACUCUCUGGCAAGCCAUGGUGUGUUUUCAAAGGGAGUUCAUUUCCAGGACGGUCGCACCAGGGUACCUGCUUUAAGAAAAUGUAACCUAUGCAAAUGUACAUUUACAGCACCAGUACAUUGAGGGGUGAUCAUUCAGUAUAACAAUUCUAUCCUUUAUAAAAGUAUUUGCUGUGGGUUCCUUUUCAAUAUGAACUUUUUCAGUGCGUAGUAUGAUUAAGUUUAAUAAUUUUUAUUUGUAACUGUUCAGCAGUCUCAUCUCCUACACGUAAAGCCACGCCUUGCCGGUUUCCUGAAGUGAGUCUUGGAACAGGUCCAGGACCCAGAAUUUUCCUCUGAAGAGUCAUGGCCACUCUAGCUCCCCACCCUGGAUUUGCAAGGCUGCAGGAUCAUUCAUUAACGUCAAGAGCGCUUGAGGAAUUUCCAAGGAACAAGGAUUUAAUUUCCAAGGAAUUAAAGGUGACUUUAUUUUUCAUUUAUAAAGGGAUGCCAUGGACCCCUUUAGGAGAAGCUUUGUCGUGAAGUCAGAGAGGAGGUCGGAUGACUGCAAACAUUUGACAGUGAGAACAGGAGUGAUUCCCUUCGUUGACCCACCUGUCAGAUGCCUCUUAAGCACAUGCUGUGGCCGGUGUUGUUGGUGGUGGGAAUACAGCAGUGAACCAGACAGCCAUGGCCCCUGCCCUCUCACGGAGCUUACUUAUCUUCUAGGUGGGGGCAGUGAAAAACCAAACAUAAGUCAGUAGACAAUAUAGUGUUAUGGAGUGAAUUAGCGUCGUGAAGAAAAUGGGACAGUGAUGGCAACUUAGAUGCGGUGUUGAGGGGUCUGCGAAGACCGUUCUAAGGGGUAUAUUUGAGCCAAAAGGUAAACCACAAGAAGGAACCAGCCAUGUGAAUCCAAGGGAGUGGGGCUUUGCAGAUGGAGCAGACGCUGGUGCUGGUGCAAAGAGGCUUGUGUACUUGUGGGAAAGAA